GUGCCAAGCCCAUGCUUCCCUAUAAAAAACGCCACGGUAAUCGCUCCUAUCAGAGACAGACAAGCCAAGCGAAGGUGAAGAGUAAGAGAAAGAAAGCAAAGAAAUUCUAAGCACCGAAUAUCAUCAUUCAACGAAAGAAGUACAGAAAAUAAAAUUGAAGAUGUCUAAAUUCUGGCCUAUGAUGAAGAUGGGAGUGGUGGAAGACUUUUCAGGUUUAUCAUCGAUGGAGAAAGAAAAAGUGAAAAGGACUGUUGAUGUUUACAAAAUGGUGCAAAAUAUUCUAGAUAUUGCAGACAGCUUCACAGCAUAUCCCGCAUCAGAAAUCCUAGAUAUUUUGAGUGGGUCCUUGAGACAUGCCGGAUGUGGAAUUGCGGAGACGUUUUUCAACCAGCAUUCUACCCCAGCUUUAUGGAAUGGCAAGGAUUUCUCUUGUGACAGAGACAAAAUGGCGAUUGCACUUGUGUCAAAUGAUCUAUCCAAGGUGUCAAAGUAUGGUUUCAAUAAAGUGACGAAUUCGGCAUUAGCAAUGGGGUUACUGAAAGACCUGAUUGAAGGAGCAGGUGGUGCAGCAAUCGGAGAUGGCCUAUUAAUGGAAGAUCUAAUCAAGAACCAUGGCUUCCAGCAAUUUGUCAAUAAGAAAGACGUUUGGAUUAGCAAGCUAGAAAAUAUCCUUGGAGAUGAAGUUUACAUAACUGGCACGAUUGUGAAGGAACUGACAGAAGGUGUAGAUCUACCAGUGAAGAUGAAGUUAUUUUUCCUACACGUGUUAGGAUCAACAAAGUUGAAUGAGAUAAAGACAAAGUGGAUUUCUUGCAGUUGUAAAGAUUUGGUUCAGCCAGCCAUAGAUUUUGUAGAGAAAGAUAACCACUUGCUGUUUGCUAGUGGUUGGGCAGACAGUUGCCCGAUGCUGAGUUCUGUCACUGCAGCUUGCUACAAGUCGCAUACAAAGUCCUGGUCAACAACAGUCCCAGUUCCAAUGCCCGGGUCUGUGCCACUGAUCAUUGAUCACACUGAGACGACUUACGGAGAUGCGGUAAGAUGCUGGCUGAAUUCGAGCAGUGGUCCGGUAGCAUACGGUUUAAAGACAGGUGCACAGCCUGAUAAUAUUACCAAAAACUCACAUACAGAUAAUCCAGUUGGCUGUUUUGUUGCAGGAACAUCUGUUUUGCUCAGUAAUUUCAGCAGCACACCAAUCGAGAAGUUACAGUUGCAUGACCGCGUUGUUGGUUUCGGAGGAAAUAUUGGCACAAUAUCCGCAGAAAAGGUUGUACAAACACUGGACGCAGGAACAACGCUGUUUGGGUUCAAUGACGAAGAUCCAUUCUUUUUAGCUAGUCAUCCAUUUUGGAGUCAAGAUGGCUGGCGAGCAGUUAAUCCUCAUCUUUCAAAGCUGGAGAACCCAUGGCUCGUUGUUGGACAGCUAACAGAAGGAGACUACGUUCGCAAAGUGAAAAAUGUUAAUGGCGAUGAAAUUGUUUAUGAGUGGAUUAAAAUCGACACAAUCAAUCACAAAAAAGUGUCUGAAGGGACCAAGGUUUACGGAGUACACACCCGUGAAGGACCUCGAUCUUACCAUGCCAAUGGCUACCUAGUAUUUGAGAAUUAUCCAGAAAUCACAACACAAACUGUUGUCGAUGGAAUGGACAAUCUUUCUUCUACAGAAAAGAAGAAACUGCAAGACCAUCUCUCUGAACUUGAGCCGAUUUUGAGCAAAGUUCUUGGUCCUGGACCUUCAAAAGCAAUGGCGUCUAUCACAAAAAAGUAUAUAGAAGAUAAGCUUCAAAACAAAAAGGCAAAGCAAGACCUUAAGGUAGGCUUGAAAGAAUUGUCUUUACCUCAUAUAAACCUCCAUUAUGAAGCAGGAAACACAAAGCUAGGGUCUUAUUCAAUGCCUACGAAAAUGUCCUUGGUGAGGGGUCAUCUAUUUCUGGACGACGAUCAUGUACCAAGCAAAAAUGUCCACGAUGAGCACAAAGUGUCUUGGACAAGGCCAGUUGCUGAUGGAAAAUGGGAACAUGGUUGUGUCAAAUUGCAUGGGAAUCGUUUGCAAGGGCAUGGCUUUUUAUCGCUAACACAGAAUCUCGGUGACACUACCUCACUGUUGUCAGCGAACUUCAAGGCUGCAGCCCAUGUCAAUAAGUACCACUGCUACAGAAGCUCAGCUCCUGAAAAUUCAUCCAGUGGUAGCUCAAGCACAUGGAUUGAUUUUGGUGAACUGGCAAUGGGGACUGAUUGCAGUUCUGGAAGUUGCAAGCCAGUUGGUGAAAUUCUAAUCCCUACAUCCAUGACAGAACUGGAUAGUCUCGAGAACCAUGUCAUCUUUUCAGUUGAUUCCAAGUCGCAACUCAUGGUUAACGUUGCUAUACCAAUAGAUUACCAAUCGUAUAUUGGUAUACGAAUUUAA